AUGGACAUCUCGGAGAAACAUAGCCGGCGGAUUACACAUGAUCCCCGGAAACCAAAGUCCACAAAUGGGAGUUUAGGUGAAAACAUGACUGAAACUAAGAAGAGAACCUUUGAAGGACCGAUCGAUGAAGUCCAAAUAAGACAGAGAUAUCAACAGCCAUGUCAUCCUAUAGUGCAUAGCCCAAACAAGAUUAGCACAGCUUCAGAGUACCGGCGAGACCGCCAACAUGAAGCUAAACAAAGAUCAGAUCUCGAUCAGAUCAAAAGGCUGAUGACAAAGAGCGAGGAACCAUGCCUCCGGAUACCACCACCCACACAAAGGCGAGCAAGCAAUAGAUCGAAACCCAAGACAAUUCAAAGUGAACUCGAGAUCAGCAUGCAACAUUGA